AUGGAGGCCUUCAGGCGGAAGGCCCAGCGGCUGGCCAUCAUGCCCGAAACGGGUUUCCUACCACGGCUGCUUCAUGAACAGGCAGACUUCACAUUCCCGAUGUCUCCAGCAGACUAUGAUACGGCUUUGGCUGUGAAUGUGGAUGUGCUGCGGUUUCUGCACCCGCAUCUGCGAGAUCUUGGUGUCAGGUUUGAGGCUGCAAACCACGAGUAUUUUGUAGGCGGCGCAAAGAUGAAGCACUCCGUGACAGGCUUGAUUCACAAAUUUUGUGAGCCCUUCAACGCUGAAGCCGUUAUCGGCUUCAUGAUGAGGGGGCAGAAUUGGCCACGUCCUGGAUACCUGCAGCGGGUCAUCCCUUUUGAUGCUGUUACUAAGCUGCACCUUCUAUCUCCUGAACUGCUUCCGCUUCUUGCGGGCAGUCCUCGAGACGACCCGCGCAUUUGCGACGUACUGCGGGCGCUCUCCGGAGUCUUUGGCUUGGAAGACGAGAUCUCGCGCCUGGUUCUGUCACCUGAGCAGAUAAAGGUCAAGUGGGCAGCCGAUGCUAAAGAAGCAGCAUGUUAUGGUACUUACAUGCACAACUUGUUUGAGGCAUACCUCAACGGGUACGAUGUGCCAAGAUGCUCUCCAGAAUUCCGCAUGCUUUGUCAUUUCCUCGCGAAUAUGCCCACGUCCACUAAAGCUUGGCGCACGGAGUGGGUGAUCUAUGGCGAGGAAGAAGGCCUAGCAGGCUCCGUCGACUUUUGCGCCAGGAAAGAUGACGGCACGCUCAUAGUAGUGGACUGGAAGCGCAGCGCUGGCCUGCCAUCAAAGUGCACUUCGGCCAGAAGAAUGCUGGGUCCUCUGAGUCAUCUGCCUGACUGCACGGUGACGCAUUACAAGCUGCAGCUGAAUACUUACAGAUACAUAUUGGAGAAGUACUACGAUGUGAAAGUGUCCGAGAUGUACAUUGUUUGCUGUCACCCGGAGCAUGGCACAAGCCCAUGGGUAUGUUCAGUGCCCAGGCUCGAAGCAGAGACAGAACUCAUGUUGGCACACUCACGUGAUUUUCCAGGCGGUGCAACUGCUCCACCGGCAGAGAGUAAACGCUGGAGGGUGCGCCAUGAUCUCCUUCAGCGUUAUGCGGAUCUCGUGCUUCAAUUUCCCUGCGUGGAGUGGCUCUGUCCUACACCGACCGACUAUCGUCUGGCAAGCAAACGACAGUGGGAGCGAGCAAUGCGCAAUGCUCGUGUGACACUUGCUCUCCUGCAGCGAGAGCAAUAUUACAUCCUAUAUAUGUUCCUUCACACGCAGCACAAGAGGAUUUCUCUGCCCCACCCAAUGGUUGAUUUCAGAGCGACCGAAUGGGUGCCUCAGGCAGUUGCCUCGUUUCUUGAGCACGAACGACAGACCUUGCCCGGUGUUCGUGAAGUGCAGCCUGCAGAUUUGCAGGGAGGAUCUCUUCUGCCAGAUGAGCUAUUUAGCUACAUUGCCAUCAGCUCUCCCAGCACCGGUCAGCUGUAUCAGCUCCAGGCUUGCUGCCGUAGAUUUCGAGAAGUGAUUCUCCAGCGGAAGUCGUGGCAAAAUCUGCACGUACACCUUGACACAUUUGCCAACGAGAGCGACGACGACUUUGCUCGUGCGAUCCGAUUGUUACCUGUCUGGAGUAGCGCCAGGCAAGUUAUUGUGUCUUAUAGACUUCUUGGCCGGAUGCCUCUUUCAGCGCUGCCGUCAAAUCUCAAGAUGACGUGGUCCGUGCGAGCAGCGGAGCCUGCGACGCUCUUCAACUGCACGUGUUUCGCUUGGGAAUCAGUGGAAAAUCUUUUUGGCUCAGCAGAGUUUGCUGUCAGAUGCAUGGACCCGGACAGUACCAUGAUUGUUGGUGUGAAGAAAAGAGAUGAUGCACAGCCGUGGCCGUUGGCAAGCCAGCCUCGAGCGGUCUUUCUUCGGCUUCAGAAUCCGUUCGGCAGGGACAUGCGUGCUAGCUUCGGCAGAAGCAACGAACAGUUCUUGGAUUUGCCAGGGGUCCGCGGCCCUUGCCAGGGUAGGAAUUUCGAGCAUGAUUUCGCUGUACAGUGGGUGGGGCGGGAGCUGCGGAUUACUAUCAACGGUGUUCUGCUCCCGAUCUUGCGCUUGCGUCCCGAAGUGGCCGCGAGUGUUGGUGCCCACACAAAACUCUUUGUUAGAUUCUUUUCUUCCUCAGCAGACGCGCAAGCUAGCUUCUCCGUGCGGCCGUUGCCAUGCACAGUUCAAUCAACUUCUUGCGUCAGCUGCUUUCGAUGUCAAGCGCUCUCCACCGUUGGCACCGGUGCUAUUCGACCUUGCACUCAUUGUCUUGAAUGGUUCUGCCGAUGGCAUAGAGAUCAGGUUGGUGACCGAGAGAUCUGCCACUCUUGCGCAAAUGUGUGGACAGAUGCAGUCGGAGGCUCUACAGGUGACCCAAUUGUAGAGGUGCAGACUCAGGCCUCGCAAGACAGCUUUGCUGCUCGUGUGCAUGAGGAUAUACAGCAUCAGCUUGCAGUCCAAGACGCCCAGGAUGCCGUCUCUGCGCAACUCAAAAGCGAAGAAAUCGAAGAAAGGGCUGCUGGUGUUGAGCUUGAGGCUCCGGACGACAGUGCUUGGGCAGCCUUGAAGAGAAGACGCCUAUUGCCUGGUGCAGCGACGUCAGAUAUUGACUUUCGCGAGUUGUUUACCGGAUUGGAGCAGUACCGAGCUGUUUUUCAACAUGAGGCAUCCGAAGUGACGGAAGAGUCGAACAGCAUUCCCAACUUCGUGUCGCGACACAAGGCGCGAAUUGCACGUGAGUACCCUGGUAUGUCUGAGUACAUGAUCAAGCUCAUGACAGCUGCCGUGGCCGUGCUCGGUCUGCGCACAGUGGACGUGUUCCAGCAGGAAAAUGCCAUGAUGUUGUGGAUCAUCGAAGGCGAAACACAAAUGCGAUUUCACCACGGCGAUUGCUACAUUCUGCACAACAGCGGGGCAUUUCAGCAGUACAAAGGCUCACCCUUGGACUGCAGCACUCGCCGCUCUGAGCACGAUGUUCUUCAAGCAGUGGCCGUGUUGCUAGCGAGAGCCGACAGCGAGCGCGACUUCUUGGCCAGUUGCCGUUGCGCCGCCGUGAACAACGCGGGAGAUAGCUUGAUUAAGAACAAACACUCGCCCGCUGCGCCGCAAGCCCAUGAAGGCGACGCCGCCCAUGAGGGAGAAGGAGAAGUGCCCGUCAACCAUUGGAAUAUUUACUCUGCUCGGAUGAUCAUUUCGUUCAAGCGAAACAUCAUCAGGGAGAUGGCAGAGGACAAAUUCAUCUCUUACAUGAUCGAGUAUUGCGAGCAGCCAAUGAGGCAGGUGCCGGGAUGCUGCUACAACGAUUGCUGCGUCAUUUACCCGGAUGGAAACCCAGCUGAGCAGGUACAGCGAGCAGAUGCGAAGGACAUAUUUGUCCACAUUCCGCACAGUAUCAAGCGCGUUGUUCCGGAUCAUGCGAUGCAGCGCCUUCUUAAGUUUUAUAAGCAGACGUUCUGGAGCAAUGUGGCGGCUUUCAAAUGCUGCCAAGCGCUUGCCAAGAGAGGUCUCAACGUUGUGCGCAUCUUCAUAGGUUUAUCGUCCGGCGGCGUUGGUCAGUCUUUGUAUUCAGCUCAUUUGGAGGAGAUGUACGGGCACAACUUCGCAUACUUUGACCCCAACAUUUGGUAUCAUGAGGAUGAAAUGAGGAAGCAGGUCGAACAGCUGAGUGGCAAGUUCAUCCUCACAGGUCAAGAGGCUCCUGGCACUAAUCGACGCCUCCGCGAUGAUUUAUACAAGAAGUUCUUGUCUGGGGAAGGCAUCCCCGGCCGGAAGCCAUACGGACUUCGCACCCGCAUGAUCCAGUGCAAGGGCUGGAAAAGACUCGAAGCAAAUCGUUUCUUCGCUUUUGCCAACGUCACCAAGCGGGAGUUCAACGCAAUAUUGAGGCGCUCAUUCGUCUUCAGGAUCAGAGCACGCUUUGAGGAUGCAAAAGCAGUACAAUGCGCGUAUGAAGAUAUCGACAAAGAUGGUAUCUUCGCGAAAGAUCAAGACCUCAAAUGUUUCUUAACUUCGCCUUGGGCGAUAUGUGCUGCUUUGCAGCUGCAGCACGCAUUCGAAGCUCAACACAAUCAGCAGGAAUGUGCUCAGAUGAUCGAAGAUUAUGUGCAAUGGGGCGGUGAUCAUGGGCUCACAGAAAGUACAAUGCGCGAGGCGUGCAAACUGCCUCUCCGAGACAUGAGAGAAAUUUCGAACCGCGCGCAAGCAAUAAUUCAAGUUGAUGAUGACGACAAGGACGUCGACACGGACCCAGGCAAAGAGUGGGACUUGUUGCGCAAGUUCAUCGUGAGUCAUGUGCUGGAUCUGCGCAGGCCUGAUAUCACGAAACACAUGCUCUUGCGUCUCAAAGUUCCAGGUGGCCCGAACUUGACAAAAGAGAAUUUAAUCAAGGAGCUUGUGAACAACAAGAUCUUGGCAGAAACACAUGCUCGGGGCAAGACAGCCGAAGUCUAUAGGCCUCUGCUGGCAUGUUCCAAUCUGCAGACGGUGGUCGCGUUCAAUGACAAGCACCGGGAAAUGGUAUUUCCAGAGACCCUUCAGGCGCGUGGCUUCGUAGAGUAUGUGCAAGGCUGUCCCGCUCGCCGGGAGAAUGCUUUCGUGCUGGGCAGAUUCUUUUGCGCGGCGAAGAGCCCGUCUCUUCGCGGCCGGCCUUCAAGGACUGAUGCCGGUGUCUUGGACAAAAGCGAUGCGUAUCAGGAGCGUGGGAGAAAGCUACUUGAGCAGGAGAAGCUCUUCGACGAAAUCCUCAGAGAGUUGACCAAAUUAUCGGGCGACCCUGCUCCAGCGUCGACUCAGGAGUCUCAACCCGCUAAGCGGCGGCGAGUCAAAUCCAAAGAGCUAUUGAAGGUGAAGGAAGAAUCGGAUGAUGUGAAGCCACUUGUGCAAAAUAUUAGUGUUGCAGACGUUCAGGAGACGCUGCACACUCAGCGGGCUUAUGUCUAUUCCGGGGAGGUUCCUUUUCGAUCGCGCAGGACAGUGAAGGGGCCCGGCGUGCAAAAGUUUUGCAGACGCGCGGUUGUACACUUAGCGUCGAAGUCAGUGGAUCUUGAUGUGGAGAACUCGGUCUUCACGCUGAUGUACCAACUUAUUGAAAAGCUGACUAUCCGUCCGCCUCCCCCAGACUAUGUUAAAGAGACUUUGCGCCAGUGCGCCAAAGAACGUGAUCGCGUGUGUCGAGAGAUACUGAAGACCUCCAAGGCAGAUGGGAAGAGCAAGCUCAUCAAAGUCUUUAACGGAGGAGGCAUCCCGUCCUCGGAAGGAGCCGCCGCGAGCUUCUUCGAGAACAUGUCCAGAGUGUCUAUUUACUGUCGUUGGCUUGCAAUAUCUUGCUUUCCAGAUGAGCAUGCAAGAUUUCAGCAACCAGAGACGAAGAAAAAGAACCCCGAUUCUUCAAUUCUCUCUUAUUUCUAUCACGCGCUGGAAGAUUUCGUGUUGUCGGCAGCAGCAGACUAUCUCCUCGGCCAGAGUCCGAAGCACUUAUCCCUGCACUAUGACGGUGUCCGCGUUUCCCCAGCGGAAUCCGAAGCAACGGAGGAGGUUUGCAACAAGUUGCAAGUGCAUGUGAAGCAGACAACUGGAUUUGACGUUGUCGUGCGGGAAAAAGUUCACCGAACAGUAUUGCAGAUCAUUCUUGAGGAAGCAACGUCCAAAAGAGCAUCUGUGCUGUCGCCAGAUUCCGUUCUGCGAGGAACUGGCAAUUGCAUUCCAGCUGCAGUGAGUCUGUUGCUAAAGCGAACGUCUGACGUGGAGCAGGCCGUCGUUGCUGAUUCCCAAGGCCAAAGCUCCGAGAGUCGUGCGCCGACGAGACCAUCGACGCGGUCGUACAGAGAGUGUGAAAAGCUCUUAGAUGUCAACCUUAUCCCUCAGCUUCCUGAGCACGACUCGACCUCAAUGCAGCUGCAGCCGGGUAAUUUCUUGUUGCAUAUGGAAAACGGCGGCACCCCGCACUGUGUGGGACUCUGUGUGCCCGAUGACUCGAGCCUGGAGAUCACGGUGCUGGACGCAAGCAACAACAUCUCCAUCCAAACCUCAUCGCUUGACAGUGCAUUGCGCGACGGACUGGAUGGCAUCACUUGCAUUCUGUUCAAUGUGACGCAUGAUAAAAAACAGAUCUCGCCACACACUUGCUGGGAGCCUGAGGGUUUCCAGGUGCUGCUGGACCUUGAAGCUGGUGCUGCCGAAGCAAUCGAGAUUCUGUCUGAAGAUGAUUGUCCAGAGAGUGUCGCUAGCAGUACGUCUGAGGCGCAGCGAGCUGCAGAUGAUAGUGGACCAUUCCUGGAUUCAGAUGCGCAGGUACUCGCGGACAGCAAGCUUAUUGCGAGCAUGAAGCAGGAGGUAACAGAAAUGAUGUGCGAUAAAAGGAAGCAGUGCUUUGAGCAAACCAGGCGAGGACUGAGGUGUCCCUUCUGUCCCUGGCGAUGCUUCAGAAGGUCGGGAGGCGUGUUGCGCCAUAUUCAGAAGCAGCACACCAGCAAGAAGCAAUACUGCAGCUCUGGGACGAAGCAGUUGAAAGUUGUGCUGGCGUUGCACGACACCGAUGUCAUAGCUGGGCUUCCGAAGCGGGACUACCUUCGAAAAAGUGCCGAGCUCCUGCGCCAGCUGCUUAUCUGCAAGACCAAUUACCGUAGCAGACAUGUGUUUGCUUUGCUUGUGAAGUGGUGCUGA